AUGCCGCCCCAGGACACCUCGCUGGAAAAGAAUCCCUCGCAUGCGCCCUCUGACGAGAAGACCGACGUGUCCAUCGCUGAGGACAGCAGUCCGAAAGUGCGUCCUCCCGACUGCGCCUACGGCUGGAUUCCUACGCUGGCUGUCUGCAUCAACUACAUGUUCAUGUUCGGCGCGUCCAACUCGUAUGGUGUCUUUUCGACCUACUAUCUGAAUGAACGGUUCGUCGGCACGCCUGCCACGACGCUGGCCUGGAUCGGCACGCUGAUUCCGACAAUGAUGCUGGGCUGCAACAUCGUCACCGGUGCACUGGCCGACAAACUCGGGUUCCGUCGCACGGCAUACGUCGGCACUGUGCUGUGCUCGCUUGCGUAUAUUCUAGCGUCGUUUGCCAACCAGGUCUGGCAGCUGAUUCUAACCCAGGGCGUGUUGUUUGGCAUCGGUGCAUCGUUCUUGUUCGCACCCAGCGUGUCGAUCCCGCCGCAGUGGUUCGUCAAGUACCGUGGUAUCGCUAAUGGUAUUGCUGUCGCAGGUAGCAGUUUUGGUGGUCUGUGGUUUACUGCCGCCACCCAGGCAAUGCUUGACAAUCUGGGUGCUGCGUGGGCGCUGCGGAUCCUUGGCAUUCUAACAUUUGUGGUUACAGGUGUUAUGAAUAUGUUCUACCAGCGGCGCGUGCCCGCAAAGCCGCGCAAGAACCUGUUUGAGCUGAAGGCGUUCAGGAGCAUGACCUUCUGGCUCAUUGCCAUUGAGGGUGCAGCCAUCUACGUCGGCUAUUGGGCGGUCACUUUCUAUGUCGGUACCGCAGCACUUCAACUCGGCGGCACGUCGCGGGAUGGCUCAAACCUGCUGCUUGCAUUGAACGCAGGCAGCGCCAUUGGGAGAAUUGGUGCUGGGUAUAUUGCUGACAAGGCUGGAAAUAUCAACACCCUGGUGGUCAGUGAUGUGCUAACAGUCGUCAUCCAGAUGUCGAUUUGGAUGACCGCCAAGAGCAUUGGCCAGCUGUACGCACUCUGCAUUCUGUACGGGAUGUUCUCGCCGACCUUCAUCUCGAUCAACGCCGUCAUCGUAGCCACGUAUUUCGACCAGGACAUCCUUGCCAGCGUCAUGGGCAUGGCCAAUAUGUUUGCGGGUGUUGGCGGUCUGGCCGGUAAUCUCUCGCAGGGCCAUAUUGUUGACCGUUACGAUAAGCGCCAGGGCUUCAACAACACCAUCAUCUUCUCGGCCAUGUUCAUUCUCUUCUCAGGAAUCGUCGUCUAUCUCUUGCGCGUCCAUGUCAUCCGCAAGUCAGACAACAAAAGGUUCCUGCAGAAGGUGUAA